GCAGCGUGAGGGCAAGUGGGAUGCUGAGCCCAAAGAUGCGCUAAAACAUCCACACGAUUGGAUAUUUCUCACAUCUUUCCAUCCUGUCCUGGAGAUUUAACCUUGUUCAUUCUUCGACUUUGCCCCCCCGCCCCCACUCCUGCUUUCAUCCUCCCACCUGGAUUUGAAGGCUGUGGGUUGGCCACAUUUAUGGGUUACUGAGAGGACGCGGGACAAGGGACUCACGAUGGCCGUGGCUUUGGACGCAGUGUGGGUGAGGGUAAAGAAUGUGUGCAAACAGAACGGCCUUCUCAUCAUGUCCGUGCUGGCUGUGAUAAUUGGGUGUCUUUUGGGAUUCUUCCUGAGGACACGGCGCCUCACAGAGCAGGAGGUGAAGUACUUCCAGUUUCCUGGCGAGCUGCUGAUGAGGAUGCUGAAGAUGCUGAUUCUCCCGCUCGUCGUGUCAAGUUUAAUGUCUGGACUGGCAGCUCUCGAUGCCAAGUGUUCCAGUCGGCUCGGUCUGAUCACUGUGUCCUACUACCUGUGGACCACCUUUGUGGCUGUGGUAGUGGGGAUCAUUAUGGUCUCCAUCAUCCACCCGGGAGGUGCAGCCCAGAAGGAGGACUCCGAAGACAGCAACAAGGCCAUUAUGAGUUCAGCCGAUGCUCUGCUGGACCUGAUACGCAACAUGUUCCCAUCAAAUCUGGUGCAGGCCACAUUUCAACAAUAUCGAACAAGCAGUGAGUACAUUGUGAAGGCCAAGCCGACGGUGAGCCAGGCCCAAUCAGAGUCCACCACGCGUCGAACGCUCAUCUAUGGCAUCCAGGACGACAAUGGCACCGACAUCCAGAACUUUGCUCUGGACCUGACGCCACCUCCUGAUGUGCUCGUGCGCACCCGUGAAGGAACAAGCGAUGGAAUGAACGUCCUUGGAAUCGUUAUUUUUUCAGCCACCAUGGGUAUUAUGUUGGGAAGGAUGGGGCCAAAUGGCAGCGCCUUGGUGAACUUCUGCCAGAGCCUGAAUGAGGCUGUCCUCAGAAUUGUCGCCAUUGUUAUAUGGUACUUUCCGUUCGGGAUCGUUUUCCUGGUGGCCGGCAAGAUCCUGGAGAUGAGCGACCCCUCGGACAUGGGGAAGAAGCUGGGCUUCUAUGCCGUCACUGUGGUGUUCGGUCUGGUGCUGCACGGCUUGUUCAUCCUGCCCGCAAUGUAUUUCUUUAUCACCAAAAAGAGCCCCAUCGUUUACAUACGGGGAAUCCUGCAGGCUCUCCUCAUUGCCCUUGCAACCUCCUCAAGCUCUGCCACUUUGCCUAUAACCUUCAAGUGCCUCUUAGAGAACAACCACAUUGACCGACGCAUCAUCCGUUUUGUGCUCCCAGUGGGCGCCACCAUCAAUAUGGACGGCACCGCGCUCUAUGAGGCCGUGGCGGCAAUUUUCAUCGCACAAGUAAAUAAUUACGAGCUGGACUUUGGCCAGAUCAUCACCAUCAGCAUCACAGCCACUGCAGCUAGCAUCGGUGCAGCAGGGAUCCCACAGGCUGGACUGGUCACCAUGGUGAUAGUGCUAACAUCAGUUGGGUUGCCAACUGACGACAUCACCCUCAUCAUUGCGGUGGACUGGGCAUUAGACAGGUUCCGCACCAUGGUCAAUGUAAUGGGGGAUGCGUUGGCAACGGGCAUCAUGGCACACAUCUGUCGGAAAGAUUUCAUGAAAGAGGGAGAUGGGGUGCCACUGAUCUGCGAGACCAAGACGUCAGUGAGUACCCCACCUCUGAUGAACUGCCACAACAACAAUGGCAAUUACCAGCCUCCUUCCUCGGGGGUCAAACCAAAGGUCAUCCCCGCAGACGUGGCGCGGCUGAUGCAGCUGGAGGAGGGCGUUCGACCACUUUCAGAGCGGAAGAAGCCUCCGAUUCCCCCGAGGCACCUAAAGAAGAGCAAAGAGCACUGCGCGAUUGACAUGAACGGCCUUGAGACCAACGUAUAGCCUCCGUGUGGUGUUGGACGGUAUGUAGUAGUUGUCGUUAAUUGGAACGAAGGAUGUCUGCGCAGGACAGAGGAUAGCGACGGCGAGCUCGUCUCGAUCCCUCGGCGUAAAUCAGCGUUUCGUUGUCGAGACGGCCUGAAGGUUGUGGAAGGUGUUUGAAUGCAAAGCAGCUGAUUAGCAGCAGUGACUUGAGACUUGAGGAUGCUAAUUUGACAGUGGAAUUUAUGGCACCACAAGGACAUCAGAGUGAUUUUAUUCCCAAAACUCAGAGUGGAUUUACACAUGACCUCACACCAAUACUCCAGGACUGAGCAGCGGUGUGAGUACUUGUACUAAUUAAUGCAUUUUUAUUUGAUAUCUACAUUUUUUUAUGAUUUCAGUUUUUGGUCAGUGUACAACGAGUGUUUAAUAUAUUUUAUACUAUUGUACUGCAAGCAGCCAGUUGUUUAUUUUAGAGACAAGACUGAAUUGCAAGUGUCUGAUUUGAGCUGAGCGACCAGGAGGCAAAGUGAAAUGCCCUGUGUUUAAUUUUGCCUUAACAAAGCUGGUGGUGUUAGGCUAGCAGCGAUUACCAACGAUGCUCAGACAGAGUGCGAAGUAUAUUUUUCACCUAACUUCAUUUGCACACGAUGGAUUGCUUCUGUUUUCCCUUUAGCACUAGCUAGCUAACACUCCGCUUUGCUUUCCUUGACAAGACAUUUCAGACUUCACAUCAUUUUUAAUCAGACUAGCUGCUGAAGCCUAAAAGAAGCUUUGGCUUAACUUGAGAGAGCAGCUCCGAAAAUGGGAAUCAAGACUGGAUUUUUCUCUGCAAUCGUUGGUUCAGGUUGGUUUUCGCCAAACUGUUUUUUUUUUUUUUUUUUUUUUAAAAAAGAUUUGUCAGCUCAGAUUUUUGCCUGAAACAUCUUAACACCAACUGCAUGAAAGUUAUUCUAAUUCAGUACUGGAUGAAAUUGUCAGAUAACUUAAUCACCCAACUUGUGUCACCCCUGGCAAAUGUGCUACUAACCGACUACUGUACUAGUGUGUUUCCAUUGACUUCCAUUAAGCAUCUCCAAAUACACCUUUACAGUUUUGCCACUACAAAAGGGAAUGUGUCUGGAGGGACUAUAUAUAUCUAUAGUAGGUGAGUAUUAUAAUAGACUUGAACAAAUCUUGACCUUUAAAGGUGAACGUUUGAAUUUCUUUGCAGAGUCUUUCACUCUUGUCACAUAAAGGCCGCAAUAAACGCUGUCAAACACAGAUGGAUUUUUCAUUUGACUCACCGUGUUGUCAACUGUCAGAUUUCAGCGCACCUCUCAACACAUGACAUGCAUGUGACGCAAAACAUGUCGUGACAGGGGUUUUCUUUCAGCAGUGUCCAGCUUGUUUUGAGACAGAAACAUCACAAAACAAAAGAAAAUGCAGACUAGCUGCAUUGUGGAGACAGAUCAUAAAUUAGCUGUGACAAUGCGUUACGUUGGAGAACCUGCAUUAAACACUUAUGCACUGGUGUUAGGAAAUACACAGCCCCGCUUCAGCCUUUUCACAUAAUUGAUUGCUUUAUUGUUCAAUGAUUGUACACUGUGUGUGACAACGCUAUACUGGUACAUGUGAAUGUGACGCUGUACUCAUAGCAACAUAAUGAAUGUAACAGGACGAGUAUUUUCAAUGUCAUAUGAAAAUAUAGGCUUUCUCUUAGAUUGAAGUAGCAGCAGCAUAAAUCGAAGCUUCAAAUAUGUGACGCUGCCUUCUUCUAUAGGCACAUGGCCAAAGGAAAAAGAAAAAAAAUAAACAAUUAACUAAAUUAACAUAUAACCAUAGUGUAGCCAGUGUUUCUGUCAUUAAGACAACUCACUGGCUGCAUUUUGACGUAGCUUUUCAGUAACUUAGUGGUGAAAUAAUAAACUCAAAUCAGUCAAAAUACUGUUGACAAGUAAAAGACCAUUAUGAUUAACCAAUAGUUUUACUUAAUAAUCCAUCAGGUAAAACUACUGAACAUUUAGCGGCUAAAGUUAUAAUCCGUACAUGAUGCUGUUUAAGUUCUGGUGCAUCCACCCGAACUUAUACAUGCACUGACCACUGGGGGAAGUAAACAUGUUCUGAGUGAGGGAAUACUCCGA